AUGCUCAUAUAUCAUGUGGCCAGGUUUUACACCCAACUUGCCAGAUACCCGCCCGGACCAACACCAUUACCUUUCAUUGGCAAUAUAUUAUUGUUUCGCAAUGCGCGUGAUAAAAUAAGUGGCAAACUACCCAAAUUGUACGAGACAUACGGCCCAGUGAUCACCCUAUGGUUGGGUACAACACCGGCCAUAAUGAUCAGCGAUCCGGAACUCAUUAGACAAACAUUUGCCAAUCCGGACGCGGGCGGACGUCCCGGUUACGAUUUAGGGAACGUGUUUAGUAAUGCAAAACAUCUUGGUUUAGCUUUUGCUCAAGACCCGUUAUACGUCAAUUCUAUGAGACAUAAUAUUAAGUCAUUCAUGCGGUUGAACGACGAGUACCGUGAUGAAUUCAAACAAUAUAUACACACAUUUUUUGAUCAAUUCACAUACAAGUACGCCGUUUGGGAAUUGGCUCCCGGUAUUUGCCGGGCGUUUAUGUCGGACCCGUUGGCCGACUAUCGCCGUCAGUAUUACCGAUGCUUUGCGUACGUCAUGUCGGAGUUAAUGGCGGAGAGAGUAAACCGUACGGACAUUAUUGGCAUGUUUUUGGCUGCAAAACGUCGGACUAACGAUACGCACGACGACCGGCAUUUCAAUGACGAUCAUUUUGUGGCCGCAAUUAUGGACAUGUUUAUAGGCAAUUAUGUGUUUGAUUAA